AUGGCGGUGGCCACGGCACUAGGUUCCCUGGGCGUGGUGGCCCUGGGCACCUUCGUGGUGGCCCUGCUGCUGCAGCGGCUCUGGGAUGCGCUGGUGGCUGUCACCCGAUUCCGGGCCACUUGUCGCCAGCUGAACAAGUUCCCCAUCCUGCCCUGGCACAAUUGGUUGCUGGGACACACUGGCAUGGACGAGAACGGCCACACCCUGUCGGACGAGGACAUCGCGGCUGAGGCUGACACCUUCAUGUUUGAGGGUCAUGACACCACGGCCAGUGGCCUGGCAUGGCUCUUCUACAACCUGGCUGGCCACCCUGAGCACCAGGAGCGAUGCCGCCAGGAGGUCCAGGAGCUCCUGGCUGGCCGGGACACUGCAGACAUUGAAUGGGAGGACCUGUCCCAGCUGCCCUUCACCACCAUGUGCAUCAAGAACAGCCUUCGGCUGCACCCUCCUGUCACUGCUGUGUCCCAGUGCUGCACUGAGGACAUCCCCCUGCGUGAUGGCUUGGCCAUUCCCAUCCCACCAGGAGUCAUCUGCCGGAUGAGCAUCUACAGGACCCACCACAACCCAGACCUCUGGCCUGAGACUGAGGUGUUCAACCCUCUGAGGUUCAGCCCAGAGAACAGCAAGAGAUGGUCCCGGUUGUCCUUCAUCCCCUUCUCUGCUGGCCCCAGGAACUGCAUCGGGCAGAGCUUUGCCAUGGCUGAGAUGAAGGUGGCAGUGGCACUGACACUGUCCCGGUUUGUGCUGUGGAGGGACAUGGCGAGGCCACCCCCGCGCCGCAAGCCCGAGCUGAUCCUGCGUGCUGAGGAUGGGCUCUGGCUGCUGCUGGAGCCACUGGGAGUAGCUGAUGGACACGGGUCACCUGGACACGGGGACAUCCUGCAAGGGAGGUGUCACAGCCAGGGAAAGAGCAGGGAAUAAACGGGAGCAUGAAGGGGACAGUAUCGUGGUGGUGGUGGGGAUAUGCUGUCCUUGGUCAUGGGACACCUCAUGGCAUGGACAUGUCAACCCAUGGACAUGUCCCCUAAGCCACUUGUCACCACCCAUGGCCACAUCCCCCAUGUCCUCAUCCAUGGCCAUAUGGCCCCAUGUCACCAUCCAUACCUGUGACACCCCCCCCCAUGCCCAAUAUCGCCAUCCACAGC